AUGAUUGAUGGAGAUCGCUUGCUGACAGAGUAUCAACAGAAAUGCACUGAGCUUCAGUUUGCUGAACGAGAGAUCUCUGCUCUUCGUUGCCAAGUGGAGCAGAUGCUACAGAAAAUCCUGCCUCUGGAAAAGUGCCAGGAGGAGUUGGGUUCCUUGAAAGCAGAGUUGGAAGAGAAAAAGAGUUCUCUCAAGAUUUUUCAGGAGAGUCAACUGGAAUAUGUUAAAAUUAAAGAAGAAAUAGUGAACAGUGAUGCUGUGAGAAAGAAACUGGAAACAAAAGUGAAGAAGCUUGAAGAGGCUGCAACAAAGCAUACACAGGACUUCAGACAAUUGAAAACUGAAAAGAAGCGACUCGAAAAGGAGCUAAAGAAGGCACAAGGAAAACUUGAUGGUGUACUUAAAGAGAAGUGCAGAAAAGUUAAGCAUGUGGAGACGCAGAGCUCAAGUGAAGAUCUUACCACGGAUAUAGACAAAGAAAAAAUAAAGCUCUUACUCGAAGAACUCUGGAUAUGCAUUGACAGUGCAACAGGAAGAAGAGAAAAUCAGGAAAAUGAUCCCGUCUUGGCUUCUGUUCAGGCUAAGGCAUGGCCUGAAAAAAGAAGACUGACUGUCACAGAAGAAACUGUACAAAUCCACCAAAAGGUCAGGAAGUGUGAUGGCAAAACGCUACCUUGGUAUUCUUCUAUAGAAAGUGCUGGAAAGGAAAAUUCUGUAACAGCCAUGCAACUUAAAGGGAAUACUGAGCCUUUUGGAGGUGACUGUGUUGAGAACAUGACUGAUGAAGAAUGUCUGCACGGUGAUGAGGAUAAAGCUGUAGAUGUGAUACUACAGGCAGAUGGGGCACACAGCAGUUCAGACUUCUCGGAUCAGGAGCAGAAGGGCCCAGGUGGAGACGUGAUGGAUAUAUUGAACUGGGCCCGGCCUCUCCCGGCUCUACUUUCUCCAGUACAGCUUUCACCACUAACUACACAGGAUAUAUUGUUUGGAGAAAUCACAGGUUCCAGCGAUGACGAAGUUGAUUGCAGUGCUUCUGCAGUGGAGGAUGUUUUACAAGAAGACCAAGUUCAGCCCCAGAGUUGUAAUCUAUUCAACUUCAACGAGGAGCGCAACAGCCAGAGCAAACCGUGUGAGCGUGGUCUUGAUGCAGAACUCUCACGUAACCUGAGUUGGAAUGAAAGGAAUGUUGGUAUUGGUCCAAAGAUGUCAAGCGAGGAGGAGAGAGAUGCUGAAACAAAGCAAGCUGAAGCUGCUGCUGAAUUUGCAAACAUGGAAACUAACACAGAUUGUUGGGAGGAGAAUUCUGAGAAUAUGGAAACUGAGGAGAGAGCAACAGCACACGAAUUGGAAGCCAUCGAAGAACACAAAGGAGAUAGUGAGGAUGUGCACAGUGAAGAGGGAGAUUCUGUGUUACACAGUUUCAAGUCUCAGAAUCAGGUGGAAAGAUGUAGUGAGGUAGAGCGGACAGAGGAGGAUGUAAUCUUAAUCAGAGCUGUUGAUUAUGAGGGGACACAUGAAAAGCAUGGUCAAUUAAUGAAAGAGAGAGAUGGAUUAUCAGGAGAGAGAGAAACUCCUGCGGUGCUAUCUGUUCCCCAAAAUGUUACUGAAUUGCCACCCGAGCAAUGCAUUGUGCUUCAAAGUGAAGAUUCUGAGGAGAAAUCUGAUGUGUUGGUACAGAAUGAAGUGGCUAAAAAUGAAAUAAAAAAUGUAAUCAAAGUAACCAAUAUGGCAAGUAAUGUAGGGGAAAACAUAAAACAAGUGAUAGUUGGACAGGAAACAACAGCUGCAAUACAGAUGAAAGGACUCUGUGCAGAGGCAAACAAUGAGAGAGAGCUCUUUGAAAAUGUAUUGUCCGAUUCCAAGAGUUCAAAAUCCUUCUGUGAAGUGGAGAGUCCUAAACACCUAAUGAUACAGUGUGAUGGGGAGGGAACAACCACAGAGACUGAGACAGACACUGGAGCUGCUGAGAUCUCUGCAUACUCUCAGCACUCUGAGAUAAAACAUGACAGUGAAGAGAGAAUGGAGAAACAAUGUGUGCAAACAACAGAAGAUGGAGUGGGCAGAGAAUGCAAACCAGAGACUGUUAAAGUCUCUAGUUGUGACUUAGCUGUAUCUGCUAUUGAAGGAAUCAGAAACUUAUUGUCUAUGGAUGACAUAGACAGAAACGUAGGUAUGGAGAGCACUGCUUUGUCAGCCUUUCCAAAAGAUGAUGAACAGCUCAAAAUUGAAGACACGAGUAGAACCAGACCUGAGACUAUUGAACUGGCCAUGAAAUUAAAUGGAGGAAGCGGUGUAGAAAUAGCUGAAUCGUUGGAGCUACUCCAUAGUGCAGAAAAUGGAGAAUCAGUUGAUAUAAAGGAGGAGAGAUAUUUCAAAGGCAAACCACACCAGGGAGAAGAGGGUAGUAAUUUACCACAGGGGAAGUCAGACUUGGAAAGUCUACUUGCACUCCCAAAGACCGCAUGUGUUACUGAUGCAGAAGGCAGUGUAGCUAAGUGUGAGUCCUCUGUGUUAGGUUUUAUGGAAAUAAAAGACGUAAUAAACCAACCCCAAAACCUAGGUAGUCCUUCAGAACAUGGGUUGUCCAAAACUCAAAUCUUGAGAGUGUUUGAAUCUCAAGAGACUGAAUUCAAAGUGAAUCCAAAAGAUUUCAGAGAGGAAAGCGGUGAGCUGUUAGAAAAUACCUGUGAAUCUGUCUUAGUAGAAAGUAAUUUUACUUCUCAGGCACAGUUUGCAACAUCUCUGAACCAGUUCUUGGUAACUGAAAAUGUUAAGUGUGCUGAAAUAAAAGGGGAAUUAAAUAAACAAAGCAAGGAAUUGGUGACUGAGACUUGUUCCAGUUCAUUUAACCAGGAAGAGAAUGUUGUGAAGAAUAAUAGUAUUUCAGAGGCCAUCUGCCAGCCUGCUUCAGAAAUGGAUUUUAAUAGUGGCUUGGCUUUUUCUACUCAAGAGUACUUGGAGAUGGGCUGUGUAAAUACUGAAGAAGCAGAUUCUCCUGUGCAAGUGGGAAUUUGCUUAGAAUCCACAAUGCCUCCUGAUACAAAUUUCAGUCUUCAGGAAGUUGUCAGUUCUGUUGAAACUAAUGUCACAGAAAGGGCUGCUUUUUCCUGUACAUGGGAAGACAAAGGAGAUGAAAGUUGUGUUACGGGUAGUGCAUUCAGCUGUUCCUCAGAAAGCUUGGAACAGGGUACUGAGAUCCUGUCUGCUGGAAGAGACAACACAUGCAAAGAACUGGACUGCCCUGAGAGGGAAUACAUACACAAAAAUGAAGUGAAAAUUCCAGGUGAGAAGGAGCAGCCAGUAGAUAAAGAAUCUCAGGCAUCUGUUAAGUCACAGAUCCUGGAUGCAAACUCUUGUAAUAAGAAUACUUUUCUCCAAAAGUUUGAUCGUCAAGAAUCAGAAUGCAGGGAGGUUAGAACAGAUCCUUCUAGAACUGGUUCACUAAGAGCUGGGGAAAACAGCAAAGAAUUGAAUAGCUUUGAGGCAUUUGGGGAAAAUGCCGUAAAAAGGUCUAAAAAUCAUUCUGAUAUGCCAGAGCAGAGCAAUGAGUCUGAAGAGAAAGACUGUUCUAUACAAAAAGUUAGAUGUGUGAAAUGUUCGGAAUGUGUCCCAAUGUUCAGAAAGGAACUGAGAGCUUCCAGGGGAAUUGCAGUGGAAACUGGUGCAGUUGUUGAUGCUGAUUACCAAGUAUGUGACCAUCAUUCAACAACGCACCCAGGAAAUACUUCGACAGUUAAUCAUCUAAAGGCAGACACUACGAUGGAUAUGGAUAUGGAUACACACUGUGAAACAAAGACCUCUCCAGAUACUGCAAAUGAGUUGUCAAGUGUGGUUGAGGAGGGUUGUCCUAAAGACUUAGCCUCUUGGAAGACAGAGUGUGUAUUAGUAACCUCUGAAAAUACUGAGGGUGCUAAUCAAUGUAUGGUAGAUUCCAACAGAGCUGGAUGCAUCAUUGACAGUGAGGAAAGCCUGUCAAAAACUGGGACAUCAAAAGAAAGCCCUGUCAUGCCAAAUGCUUCAAAAAACAGAUUACCACCAUGCCAGAUGUUAACCAGAUCCUCAGACACUUGCAGACUGGCUGUAAAAACCAGUAAAUUAAAUACAAGAAUGUUAGCACUUGGCAAUUUCUCAGAAGAAAACGAUUCUGAAGAACCUAAGGCAAAUGUGGAGCAAAGUCUACUACAUGGUGUUGAUACGGAGGUCUCGAUGUCCGAAGAAUAUAAUCACAAUCCAACUUGCACUGCUUACCACGUCAGAGAAAAGAACACUGAUGUUAACCUAGAUGGUGGCAGUAGAAGAAAAAAAAUUGGCAAGUAUCUUCCAAGUCCAGCCCUAUCUGAUGUAGAGUGCAAUUGCCACACAGUUAGGCAGCCGUCUGAGCCACAAAAACCAGUGUUUGAGAAGCUGGGUGUGUUGGAGUCAGAGUCUGGUGUGGACGUCACUCUCCAAAAGAGUGAUAAGUUGAAGUGCCAAGAGCGAGAACCGUUGGAAACCUUGACUGUUUCAACCAAGACAGCUGCCCACGGAAUGCAUGCCAAACUGUCAAAGGGGCUGCUGCACGGUAAAAGAAAAACCAAGGCUCCCAAAGUUAAACCCAGUCAGCCAGUUCUUGCAAAUGCUGAUACUUCUGUGCCAACAAAAUGCUCAUCCGAGACUAUAAAUAAAAUCAGGCAAGAGAUGGGUCCUCCUCUGCCCCCCUUGCUGCUUCCUUUGGUUGCCACUCCUCCGAAAGCUGCGUGUACUUUGUCCCCAGCCAUGUCUUCUACUGGUCGUGCCUCUUUGCUAUCCCCUCUUGAUGACUUGAUAUCCCCACUACAUGAAACUCCUGUUCCUCCUCUCAUGUCUCCGUUGACGGAUACUCUGACAGUAAAAUCUGCUCUUUUAUUUUCUCCUCCCUCACCUUCAGAAAUGGCAGCAGGUAGAAGGAUUCGCUCCUCCCCUUUGAAAUUCUGUACUUCCAUUCCAAAGCACGCGCUUCCCGUCCCGGGAAGGUUUCCCCCGUUUGCAGCCGAUGGUGCUGCUCCAGGUGCUCCUCAGGAGAACUCUGUGAAAAUAUUGGACACUAUGUACCCAGAGCUCUCUGCAAGGGCAAGGACACUGAACAUUCUGAAAGGCAAUAUUCAGCUUAAUCGCUGUGCUUUCCCAAACAGCCAGAGUUUGCCAGGCCCCGUGACUCAGAUAGGUGGGUUCAAGGCGAUCGCAUCUACCUCGACUGCUUUUGUUAAAACUGGGGGCAACGUGAAAUCUGACAGUGGCAAAGACCAAGACAAGGAUGGGCAAAGUCAGCAGUUGUUUCCAGGCUCAUCAGAGCACCUCAAAAAGCGGACGCUGUUGCCAGUGUCUAUGCCAAGAAGCGCAAAGAGACUGAGGUUGGACAGUGACCCCCCAAAGCUGGAGCCCAGCGAUACCGCUGCUGUCAGAAAAGCUAAAAAUACCGUCUCCAAAGCGCAGGAGGCUCCCUGUGACAAAGGCUGUGCCACCAGUGAUCCAGCACGCAGCUCCAGUCUAGAAGCACCGCUGCUGGUGAACGAGGUUAUUGAUCCUGACUGCCCAAAAGUUUCUUUGGCAUUGGCGAAAAUCGCUGCGUCCUGUUUUGACUUGUUACCGGUUAUCAAAGGUCACGUGUAUGUCGGCAAUAUCUCGAAGAUUCCAAUAAUGAGAGAUGAAGAGAAAGAAGUUGUCUACGAAUUUGGUGUAAAAAAUAAGCAUUUAGCAGAGUCCCUGCUGCACGUUAUUCUCAGUAAACUCAAGGCUCAGAAGAAUGCCACAAAUCACAAUUUCGAUCAGGCUCUGUGUCGAGUCUACACAGGGAUUUGUCGGCAACUGGGAGAUGUGGAAAGAGCCCGCCUGUUCUGCUACAGCCUACUUAAAGAAGACUUUCCAGACUCAGAAAAAUUGAUUUUAUUUAUCACAAACGUAUGGCCUGACAUAUUUGUCUUCCAAGGUGCAAUCAACAAAGCUAUGCAAUUAGUUGUCAGGCAGAGUGCGAGCGAUGAGAUGCUGACCUGCCUGAGUGCUUAUCUCAGCUGGGAACAGAGUUCCUCUUUAGAUGCUGGUAUUAUGGUCUCAAACCUGCUUUUAGAAAUGCAGUCAUGUCCAAAAGUAGAAUUUCAAGCGAGUGAGCAGUACGGAGAAGAUCUGAGUGAAGCUGCUUGGCAGUACAUAUUUGCUGUUGACCUACUCUGCUCUCACCUCAAGUGGGAUUGGACCCAUGACAAUGUUAUAAGCAAAGUGCUUUGGCCUUCUAUGGAUCAAUGGGUAAAGAAGAGAAAGGGGCAUGAAACUGCUCAAUCCAUUCCGGAUAGUGUUAUAGCGUUGACACUCAGGCUAAUUGGUCGAUUGGGCCAAAUAGGUUUGAAGGAAGGAUGUCUGGCCGCAGUGAAGAAUAUUAGUUCUGUAAUUGGACUGUUCGUACAGCACGCAAAAGAGGAAGAUGUCCCCUGGGGUGUGCAGCUGGCAGCCAUAUAUUCGCUGUGUGACUUGGGUUCAAGCAAUCCAGAGGGUAUUGUUGAGGCCAUCCAUGCUUGGAGAGUGACAGUUCUGAACAACAUCCCUCUUGCUGUCACAAGUGGCAUGGCUGAAAUCACUUCUCUGUGUAAAAUGGAGCUAAACUAAAACCUAGGGGAGUGCACUGAUCUAAAGGAAGAAGUGCCUUAUUUCACUAAGCAGUAGUUGAUUCCAGUUUAAAAACAAUACGGAGCG